CCUGAUCGAUUUGGGGGUUGUCUCCUUUAAAACCCCACUCCGCAUCGCGCGGGUCGUGAGUGUUUGCAGCUGCUGCGUUGGCGGCUCAGAGUUCAAAUCCGGCCUCAGACUUUAGCUGCCCCUGCCUCAGUUUCCUCCUCUGAGGAGCGGGGGCUCAUAACCACACCUCGGCGACAUGUAGCCCCUUGGGCUUCCUGGACCUCUGGGUCCGCCCGGUCCAAUUCCAGCGAACACCGCCUUUUUUACGACGCCGAACCUGACAAUCAGGUUUACAGGAAUGCCCUAGGGGGGGCGUUUAUGCGGCGUUUGGCGAAUGCUACUGCCCCCCUCCCGGGUGGCUGCUGUUGUUAUCCCCAUUUUACAGAGGAGGAAACUGAGUUUUAGGUUAAUCGGCCGAGGUAGGAUUUGAACUCAGAUCCGUUAUUCCCAAAUCCAAGGGGGCGGUCAGAGAUGGGUCAGGCCGACCCUAGAGGAGGGUCACCUAGGCCCAAGGAGGGGCAGGGCCCCCAGGCACCCGGGAGGAAGUGGCGUCAGCCUCAAUUUACAGGUGACAAAACUGAGGCCCAGAGAGGGGGAAGUGACUCGAGGCUGGGCGGGCCGGCUUUGACCUCAGCAUCUCCUCUCCUCGAGUCUCCCGUAGACCACCCCCCCCACCUGCUCCGAUGGUGGGGCCCCGGGGGCCAUGCAGCCCCUGCUGGGAGGAGGAUGCAUGUCUGGACUAUUACGGGCUGCAGUCCCUGCACCGCAUGUUCCAGGUGGUGGGCGCCCAGCUGACUGAGCAGGAGCUGUCCGUGCUCUCCUUCCUGCUGGACGAGGCUCUGCCAGCACCCGAGGAUGGAGAGCCCCGCCUGGCCCCAGUGGGGGGCCCGGGCCGGCCUCCAGCCCGCUCUGGGCUGGAGUUUCUGCUGGAGCUGGAGAGGAGGGGCCAGUGUGACGAGGCCCACCUGGGGCCCCUGAUGCAGCUGUUGCGGGUGCUGGCCCGGCAGGAUCUGCUGCCCAGGCUCUCGCUCAAGCGGGCCCGCCCAGUGUCCCCUGAGCGCUAUGGCUGUGGUCCUUCUGGGUCAGACGUGGAGAGGCCGGAGGGUAGCUGUUUGGGCUCGACCAGCACGACUCCCCAGCGGCGCCGGUGGGAGGCAGCAGGUUCACCUCCUGGGAAGAGACAGAGGAGAAGCCUGGGCCGCUCCAGUGCCGGAGGGAGACGGCGGCGGGGACCCCAGGGAGCUUCGAGGUCGAAAAAUCCUGUGUCGUCUCCCGCUGCAAACAAAGUGACCUGCGACAUCCGCCUCCGAGUACGGGCCGAGUACUGCGAGCACGGGGCGGCGCUGGCUCAGGGUGUGGUGUCCCGGCGGCCGCAGUCAGUGGCCCGCCAGCUGGACCUGUUCGGGCAGGCCAUGGCCGUGCUGAAGUCCAGGGACCUGGGUUCUGUGGUGUGUGACAUCAAAUUCUCCGAGCUGUCUUACCUGGAUGCUUUUUGGGGGGACUACCUGAGUGGGGCCCUGCUCCAGGCCCUGCGCGGUGUCUUCCUGACCGAGGCUCUUCGAGAGGCCGUGGGCCGGGAGCCCAUUCGCCUGCUGGUCAGCGUGGAUGAAGGGGAUUAUGAGGCCGGCCGCCGCCGCCUGCUGCUGCUGGGUGGCCGUCCCCCCGGGGGAACGCGGGCCCUGCCACCACGCUGACUCUGGACUCUGCCCAGGGCACUGCUGGCUGCUGCCCUUGGACACCGGGGAGGGGGCAUUUCUGCCGCCCCCCCCCCCGCCCCCGACCCCCCCCCCCUC